GAUCGAAAUGACGCUGUUUGAAAAAUCGUAUAAAACCCAUAGUCUCUGCGCUAGACAUCAAUUUUGGAAUUUCUGUAUUGUCAGCAGUAAAUAACACUGUAACAAACAAUCAAAAUGACGGUUAAAAUUUCCGUUUUUGCUGUCGUUCUGAUUGUGACUUGUGUCCACGCUAAUCUCUACCAGCCGCCGCCGCCCACAUUAUCAAUGAGCAUGCCAUAUAUGCCCAACUAUCCAGUCGAUUGUCCAAGCUUCAAUGAAUUUAAGAAAAGUGUAUACACUAUGAAUCAAGCUUUAGCCAAUGUAAUUGCCACUGCUAGAAGUGCCUACAACUACCAUUCAUUGUACAAAAAACAGCCAGGCCUCAAUAUGGAAAUAAAUGAAAAAAAAGAAAUUUUCGAUAAAGCUCUAAACUACUUUGAAAAUAAGUUGCUUAAAUACCGCCAAGCGUUGAUCAACUACAAAGCGUUAUUAGAGUAUAAUAAAAUGCCUCCAAUCGUAUCAAUGGACGACGACAUUCCCAUCGAUCGUGAAUUAUUAUAACUUUUAAAUAUUACAUAAUUUUAGUAGUUUGUUAAUAAAUUAAUUUGCAACAGAUUGUCAAACAUAAUAACUUGUAUUUGUUUUUAAAUAAUCCUGAACAAUAAAGUUCUAAUUUAUUAUUUCAAA